GCCCUUGGAGCGGACAUGGCGCUGGCGCUGCUGCGGCCCCGCGGGGCCACCACGGCUCUGGCCCUGCUCCGCCGCCCCGCCGUGCUCGCCGCCGCCCAUCGCAGCGCCCCGGCCCGGGACAGCCACAGCCACGGCCCGGCCCCGCAGGGACACGGCGGUUCCAAGGCUGCAUCCUUGCACUGGACAGGGGAGAGAGCUGUCAGUGUGUUCCUGCUGGGGCUCCUCCCUGCAGCCUACCUGUGCCCAGGACCCGCCGUGGACUAUUCCCUGGCUGCUGCCCUCACCCUCCACGGCCACUGGGGUCUUGGCCAGGUAAUCACUGAUUAUGUCCACGGAGACACAGCCAUUAAAGUGGCCAACACGGGGCUGUACGUGCUGUCGGCCGCCACCUUCGCCGGCCUCUGCUACUUUAACUACCACGACGUGGGGAUCUGCAAGGCUGUGGCCAUGCUCUGGAGCCUCUGAGGUGCCACCAGAGCCCCUGACACACACGAUUGUUGUUCUCUGCUGCCUCUGCUUCAUCGUAUUUUUACCACCAUUUAACGCGAAACGAGCGCAAAGCCAAGGGUCCGUAGUGGGAACGUCCUGCAGGGAGCUCAGAGCCCUCUAGAAUUAAACACCCAACAGCAGCGAAGAUGUUGGAGAAGAAACAGUAGAUUUAAGCUGGAUAAUGUCCAUCAGAGCCAGGUGCUUUAAGCUGUGCUGUAAAUUGGGAUGAAUUAAUUACACCAGUGAGGUGGUUUAAGCUGCGCUGUAAAUUGGGAUGAAUUAAUUACACCGGUGACAGACUUGCAACUGUCCUUGUAAUGAGAGCUCUAGUGGGUGUUUUUUUAACUGUUGUUUGGUUUCCUGCUUUGUAAAACUUGUGGAAAAUUGAACUGCUUCUUCUGACAUCACAACAACUGGCCUGUAUGCAAGGCAGACCCUGUAACUCUUUGGACCCUGAGAGUUGGUGUAGAAAAGGGAAUACUUUUUUCUUAAUCCAUGCAAUAAAGAAUUUACAGAAAUCUUGUCUGUGCUUCU